AUGUUUGAAGAUUAUGGAAAAUGCCACGUUCCUGAGUCAAGAGAAUUAUGUUUAGAUGUGAAUAAAAAUUUCUCUUCUUCCUCCAAUGACGAAAAGUCUUUUAAUCUUUCUAAUGGGAGUAAAAAUGCUUCUGAGAAGAGCUCACAUAUAUGUCAGAGCAGCCGAUUUUUGUCCUCUGCUCGUUCCGUAUAUUCUAUAUCCAGUUCGGAAACUACCAGCACCUCAAUGACUGAUACUUAUUCAGUGAAGAUGAAACUCAAUUCUUCCAGAUAUGGUUCAUCCUGUGGUACAUCAAGCCAGUUAAAUGGUGGAACCUGUACAGUUAGCUGUGCUUCCAGGAAGGAUGCUGGUCUCAGUCAGGGAUCCUAUAUUUCUGAAGACUCCAAAAUCGAUCUUUCAGAGGAGAAUCCUUUUGCAUCUAGCUAUGAGGAUUCCAGGAAAGGUUCUGGUGUCAGUCAAAGAUCUUAUAUUUCAGAAGACUCCAAAAUUGAUCUUUCACAGGAGCAUCAAGAUCCUUUUGCAUUUGAUGAAGAUGAUUUUGAACCUUCUAAGUGGGACGUAUUAUCUGGCAAGAAAAAUAUAUCACUAUCGCGACAGAAUGAGGCAGCAUACAGAGAACUUGAUGACACUUUAGCUGAUUAUGAGCCAAGAAGCAUCAAGUAA